CUUUUUCAGUUUGAUUGACGGGCAAUGGCUACAAAUUGCUGUCUGGAGUGAGCUGAAGAUGCAGCCAUCUGACUAACAGGUUUCCAAGCAGCCCCUGGAGGCCCAAAGCGCCUGGAAUUAACCAGACGGCAGCAUAACAUGAACUGAGAAAGAAGCAACCCGGAGUUUUUGUUUGUUUUUUGGUUUUAAAAACUUUUACUUACCGAAAAAUUCGUUCAUGAAAACGUUUUAAAACAGGGUUAUUUUCCCCCCCUCCCCCGCACAAGAAAGUCGUCCCCAUUCGGUGAGGAUUUCCGGAGAAGAUGGGGAGGAAGAAGAUCCAGAUCCAGCGGAUCACGGAUGAGCGAAAUCGACAGGUGACCUUCACCAAGCGGAAGUUCGGUUUGAUGAAGAAAGCCUACGAGCUGAGCGUCCUGUGCGACUGUGAGAUCGCCCUGAUCAUCUUCAACCACUCAAACAAGCUGUUCCAGUACGCCAGCACGGACAUGGACAAGGUGCUGCUUAAGUACACCGAGUACAACGAGCCGCACGAGAGCCGGACCAACGCAGACAUCAUCGAGACAUUAAGAAAGAAAGGUUUUAACGGUUGCGACAGCCCGGAACCGGACGGAGACGACUCCAUUGACCAGAGCCCCCUGAUGGAGGAUAAAUACCGCAAAGCCAGCGAGGAUCUGGAUAUCCUCUUCAAACGAUACGGUUCUGCAGUGCCCGCUCCGAACUUCGCCAUGCCAGUGACGGUUCCGGUGACCAAUCAAAACACGUUACAGUUCAGCAACCCCGGGGGCUCCUUGGUGACCCAGUCGCUGGUGACCUCUUCGUUGACGGAUCCAAGACUCCUCUCACCACAGCAGCCGGCCCUGCAGAGAAACACCGUGUCGCCGGGUUUGCCGCAGAGGCCAGCUAGCGCGGGGGCGAUGCUUGGGGGAGACUUGAACAACAGCAACGGAGCUUGCCCAAGCCCAGUCGGAAACGGGUAUGUCAGUGCCAGAGCCUCGCCGGGUCUCCUCCCGGUCUCAAACGGCAACACCAUGGGCAAGAUCAUCCCGGCAAAGUCGCCGCCACCGCCCUCCCACGGCACGCAGCUCGCCGCCAACAGCCGCAAGCCGGACUUACGCGUGAUCACCUCGCAGGGCGCAAAGGGUUUGAUGCACCAUUUGACGGAGGACCACUUGGAUCUGCAGAAUGCACAGAGGUUAGGAGUCUCCCAAGCAACUCAUUCUUUAACCACGCCUGUCGUGUCGGUGGCCACUCCAAGUCUGUUGACCCAGGGCCUGCCUUUCUCUGCCAUGCCCACAGCGUACAACACAGAUUAUCAGCUGACCAGUGCAGAGUUAUCCUCACUCCCGGCGUUCAGCUCACCCAGCGGGUUGUCGCUUGGCAACAUCUCUGCCUGGCAACAGCAACAACAUCAGCAGCAACAACAACAACAACAACAACAACAGCAGCAACAACAGCAGCAGCAGCAACAUCUUGUUCCUGUAUCACUAAGCAACUUAAUACAAGGGGGUCACUUAUCUCACACCACCACGUUGACUGUCAACACCAACCCCAACAUCAGCAUCAAGUCGGAGCCCGUCUCGCCCAACCGGGAACGAAACACUGCCACGCCGCUCAGCUCCUUCCCGCACCAGAGCCGGCACGAGCCGACGGGGCGUUCUCCCGUCGACAGCCUCAGCAGCAACGCCAGCUCCUAUGAAGGCAACGAGCGGGAUGACCCCGCCAGAGCCGAUUUCGGCUCGUCCCUCGGCCUCCUGAGACCCACGACCGAGGCCGAGGGAGAGAGCCCGUCCGUAAAGCGCGUGCGGCUGGACGCCUGGCAUCUACAAGCUCAAUGGCUUUGAGAUCCGCCAAACAGGCCCAGAAAUACUUCAAAGUGGAGGAGGAAAAAGUCAUGGUAGGAUUUGCGGGUGUAGUCGGCUUCUUGUAGCCCACCAUUUAUUCCAGAAGUUUCUAGACUUUUAGAAUACUUCCAACUCAGCGCGAGAUGGAAGAUUGAGAAGCAGAGACCUGUUGAGAUUACAGCAGCUAAAGAAUAAGAAUAAUAAAGCACUAAAAGGCGAGAUGGUUUCGAAACAGAACAUUUUUGUUUGUUUUUCGACAUUUUCCGCAACAUUUUGGAACUUUUUCAUCUUUUUGUUGUUGUUGUUGUUGUUGUUCCAUUUUUGAAAAUUCUCAAUUAGAAAAAUGGAUAUUUUCAGUUUUGAAAUGAACGUUUUUGGUUUAGGAAGUCUUCAGUUUUGGAAAAGCCCUUCCAUGCGACUAUGCUGACCGACCAAAAUUAGCAAUAAGGGAAGAGGGGGAAAAAGCCCUCCAAAACCCAAAAAUGAACAGUUACAUGAAAAUGCAAUGCAAUAAAUGCAGGUUUUCUUAGGGGGAAAAAGGGAAAAUGUAAACAAAAUCUAAUUUUGAGAGGUGAAAUUUUUCUUAUAAAAAAAAAAAAAAAAAGCCAUUUUUUUGUUGAAUUAGUUUUUCAUUUAAUUUUUUUUUUGGGGGCCUAGUUCUCCCAGAUCUAAAGCCUCUCUAAAUAUACGUGUGCCGUUAAAACACAGCUCUCCUUGGCAGAUUUCAGUUCGUUCCCCGAGUGGUCAUGAGUUCUCACUGGCGCAAACUCGACCCCUUUGCUUACAGCCUCAGUAGAAAGGCCCUGGAUUGAACGUGCCCCUCGGGGAGUUGUUCCAGAGCAAUGAAGAGCAGUAGCAAUGCUGCUGGCUGCAUGGUUCUAUGGCUCAAGGAAGGACUUCAUUGUCCAGGUCCAUCAGCCUUUCUCUAGUGAAUAGCAGGGUUCAACUAGCACUGCUUGUCCUACAUAAUCAGAUGCUAACUUAGCACUUUGUUUGGCAGUUCAGAUGAAUUCGCUAGCAGGUUCUUCCAUAGAUAACUUCUACCAUGACUUUUUUCCCUUAAAUGAAAUUCCUCUAUGUGCAAAGGCCCAGUCAAGGCCUGAGGAGCAUUAGACCCACUAGUCUCCAAGCCAUGGGGCUUAAAUAGGAAUUAAGUGGCGUACACAUCUCGUGUCGGCCCCUCUGCGUAUGGAUGAAUUUCAUCCUGGGGGCUAGAUCUCCAGCAGGUGUAAAUCAGAGUUAUUUCCAUUGAUCUACACUGAGGAUCUGGCCCUUGGCGAAUUCUGGGUUUAUGGACUACUGCCGCCUUGCAAAAUUAUCGUGAAAAUGGAGCAGCUUGGGAGCAAAAUCCUACUCGCCAUAAUGAUGGACAAAUCAACAAAUUAUUCUGUUUGCUUGUCGAAAGUUGAGCAAUUUGCAACUUUGACAACACUUGAUUUGAGAAAAAGUUUUGAUCAUUAUUACUUUUUGUUUUAUUACAAAAAAGUUUCCAAAUGUCAACAGCUUUUUUUCCACAAUAAAAAUGUUGACUACUUUCCCCAUGGGCUCGCAAUCCAGAAUGGAGUUUUGCAAGGCUACGUGGGGCUGUGUUGCAAACCGGGCAGUAUGUGGGAGGUCUCUGUGGCAGGUUUUAUGUUGCCUCCAUAUGUCAAUCUAAGCUGAAGUCCCCAAUCUGAAAUUUAUCUGACCAUCAAAUUCAGAGCACGCCCACCUUAUUGCAUUAGCGAUGUAUGGGUACCAUCCAUCCAGCCGAAGGCUUUGCACGGCCAUGCUUUGAAAUUAAGCAGAAUACAAAGCAUUUCUCAUCAAUUUUAUUUUUCCGUCGCUAUCCUGCAAAUAAACACUUUCUCUCCUGUUGGGAGACUUCCGGUGGAAUGUCAUUUGCAGUUCUCAGUGCAUUCUGUAGUCAAGAGGAUCCGAAAUGGUUAACUCCAUUGACAGGUAGAAAAGACCAUCUGGUACUCAGCCAUCUGACCUGCUCAAACAUCAAUGUAGAACAAACCUGAGGAAAAACCUUUUUGCUUAUUAACUUCAUACCCUAACUCCCAACUUGGCAUGUCUAUCUUGGAGCUGAGAGCUUGGAAAAUAAAAAUGCAACCUGGGUGCAUAUAUAUAUUUUGAGAGAGAAUGGAGACAGACCACCAAUUGACUGGCUAAAUCGGUUACAAAAUGGCAUUAAACUGUGGCACCAAGCAGCUAACAUUUCAAAUAAAUAAAAAGCCAAGGUUCAAAGGUGAUCUUCAGAAAUCUGGUGGUGGGACUCUAAAACGUGCAUUGGCUCAACCCGUUUGGAAAUAUGCUUGUGGGACAGUUGGGAUUGCACCAUGGGAAUUGACGGAGGGGGAUGUGGGGUUUGACAACCGCAUUAGCUUCACCGUUUGGGUGAAAUGAUUUUUGGGUUUGUUUGGGUUUUUUUCGUCUGGGUUAUUCUCUAUUUCCCCACAGACUGUAGAAUCCAGUCAACGCCUCCUGAUUUUCAAAAGACAACCAGAAGAAUGACAAUCUAAGAAAUCAACACCCUCCUUUGUGCUUCUAUAAAUAUGUUUCUGAUCUUUUAAUUUUAUUUCUUGUGCUCCACUGUACUGUUGACAGUUACAUUGUGUAUAAUUUUUUUUUUAAUUUGGAAUUUUGCGUUGUAUAGGGUUUAGUUUUAAAAAUAUAUAUAUAUAUUUUUUCCAUUUUUUAAAAAGGGGUGUUGCAAAAAAAAAUUGCACGAUUUAAAUGACAAACAGUUCAAAUGCUGCAGUUUUUAGAGAUAUGGAAGCAAAACGGAGCUUAUUUAUUCUCAAACGCUAUAAAAGGUGUAAAAUGCAUGAAGAAAAAAAACAUUUACAAAAAACAAAAACAAAACAAAAAAAAGACAAAAAACGUGUAACCUGAACAAAGUGUAGCGUUAAAAAAAAAAAAUUUAAACAAUGACAACAAUGAAAAACAGCUAAUAUAUUGUGUUUGGCUAGUUUGCUUUUGUUUUUAAUUGUUCCUUUAUUAUUAUUUUUUUUUGGAGAAUGAAAUACAAUUGUGUAUAUUUUCAUAUAAGAAGUAUGCACUGAUAUGUUUCAAAAAAAUGAUAUAUUACUUUCUAAAGAUGUGGUUACUUACCAAAGUCUGUUUCUGAUCUUUUCCUUCUUGAAACCUAUGUGGAUCCUUCAACAUACAUACUCUGGGGUUAAAUACAAGGGGCCUAUUUGAAGUUACACGAAGAUCUCUUUACAUUGCUGUGGGAGAGCUACAGUGGCAUGGUCAUAAAUCUGCUUUACGCUGCCAGAGCAGCGGAAAGAGGCCUUUGUGUAACAGGUUUACUUCUCAAGUGACUCAGAUGUGGGGUUUGCUUUGAUGUGGCACCUUCCCUACGAACACCAAAAAUGUAGGGCGUAGCCUAGGUUAUGAACAGAUUUUAACCAUAGGUUAAAUGUUCCAUCAAAGACUGUUUUAACCCAUCAGGAGAACAAAAUUGUCCUUCAAGGACAGGGCAUGAGACAAAUCAAGAUGUGCACUGAGGAUUUCCUGGGUAAAUUAAGAAUCAAACACAACACUGGACUCCUGUUUAAAGUCAUACUUUGUCGAGUCGAUUCCAGUGCAUGAAAUUGGAUCAGGAGUUUCGUCCGUAUACAUCGGAGAUGGUGCUCCUGGGAGUUGUAGCAUUUUGGUGCCCUGGUGGCUGUUCAUUUCAACCCCUGGGUGUGCUUAUGUUUGGCCACGACAGAGGCCAUUUGACUGCGUUGGGACAGAUUGUGGUCAUGUGUAUGGUUUUUGCAGCCCUAAGGCUUAUGGAAAUUUUAGGCCACUUCAAAAAUAACGUGAUAUUUCCUGUCAUCCCUUCAGGAAAGAGGUUGGGUUUGAUUUGCCUUUUUCUGAAUAAGGAACUGGGGUGGGAGGCAGGGGGAGCAAAAUUUCAGAGAUCGGUGUCAUUUCAAAAUUUGGGUUUGCAGCAAAAUAUUGUCAAAGGUGCAAUGAGUCUAUGGGACAUGGCAUCGCCCGCAUGAGAAGGGCAGAGAGAAGAUCUCUCUGAAGCCUGAGCAGAGUGCAGACUAGAGAUUGGAGAUCAAUUUUACGGAGCCUGAUUCUCCAGCAGAGUAAAGGGAUCUCAAAGUCGGAGUCACAGCUGCACCUACUUGAAGGCCCCUUUAUGCUGCCAGAGUGGUGGAAAGGGGCCUGGGUGAAGGAGAAUUCAGGCUUGUAAGCAACUGAAUAGAAUGAAUUGGACAGCCAAACUCCUAACAGAGUUAUCCAGUGGCAAUCAGGUACCAUUGCAUAUGGGAAUGGGUAUAAAUUGGGUUGAAUGAAGUACUGAAUGGGGAUAAGCCAACAGGAAAAACUUGGCUCCUACCACCCCUUCACUUUGCCGGAGGGGUCGGAGGUUGGCUCUCAAUGCAAAUUUCAUAUUUGGGUCCUAUCUCUAUAGUGGGCGAAAGCCAAACACGAGGGGCCUGGUUCUCCGCUGGCCCGCUUCUCAUGUAAUCACUGGCACUGCUGCAAAGUGAGUGUAAAACACUGCUGUUUCAUCUGGUAGAGUAUCACACUCAUAUUGCACUGACGUCAACGAGCGAACAAGGGGCCGGGCAGCUGCGAAUCGGGGAGCGCAAAAUCCAGAGCAGUGUUGGGGUCUGAGCCCACCUCUGGACUUAGGCAGCGAAGCACAUGGGGCCAAAUCCUCCACUGGUGUAAACUGGAGUCAGUGGAGCCAUGCUGAGGCUGUCAGCAUUGGGGGGGAGGGGGCUGUGCUAAAUGAUUUCUCUCCAAACUCAGCAUUACUACGACCACUCGUUCCUUUGAGCUUAGCCCAAAUUUCCUCCAUAGGACAUAUUUUGUCAGCAACAAAUCAUACGGUUUUCUGAAAUUUUGCACACCAAGGCUAAUCCCCCACCCCACCCUCAGUUAUACAACCAUAAAGCAAUAUUACUACCCAGAAGCUCACGUGGGGAUAUAAUUGAGGGCACAAUUUGGUGUAAACUAGAGCCGGUUGAAAAACAACAACAACCCAAGAGCGACUGUGUUUCGCAGGAGGAAGCAAAGAAAAUUGCCUUAACUUCCGCACUGCUGAAAAAUCUCAUCCAUCUGAAUCAACAAACUGAUUUUUUUUAUUUAAAAAAAGUUCCUUUUUUGGGGCCAGAAAAUUCCGUUGAAAUUUUGAAAACUAAACGUUGACUGGCUUAACCAAAACCAAAACCCAACCUCACAAAUUUCAACAGCAAUUUGAAACAUUUUGACCAGCUCUAGGAUAAACAUUGUAAAACUUUGAAUAACCACGUGGACGGGUAAUCUAGAGAGAAAUAUUUACUUCUUUUAGUGGCUCUCUUCAGAGAUAUUGCAGGAAAAGAAUAUAUAUAUAUAAAUAUAUAUAUGGCUACACGGGAGUUCUUAAACUCCUUUUUUUUUUGGUAAAUGCCAAUUCCCUACAUUGCUUAACUAUCCCUACUAGCGACAAGGUUUCUAGCGAACGUUUACACGGUUUUGUAACCUGAUGGAGUCAAAGAAUUGUUUUCAGUUUGCUAAAAGGUUUCAGGUGUGUUUCUUCCCAUGCCUAUUGUUCCAUGCCAUUCCCCAUUUCAUCGUGAUGUCGUCCUCUCUUCCCGGUUCAUUCCCCCAAACGUUGGGUAGGAUUUUGAGAGAUCCCGGCCUUUGAAAGCAUCUGAAAUAUAUUCUUCGUUGGCCUACAAUUCUGUUUGCCCAAUAAAAUCAUGGGGGUGGGGAGCAAUGGAGGGAGCUGCCCGAUUCCUUCGUGGUCUGUCCGGUUGUCAGCCUUUGCUUCACGUUUGGGUUGGUGUACGACUGUUCGACCACAUGGCUUGGUGGCAGUGGGGGUGAGGAGAGGCUGGCAGAGGGAUGGCAGAAAGGCAGAUCCUGUGCUGGUCAAGACAGGGCUGUGGGAGCCAGGUGCACCUGGCACUUGAGUGGUGGCCUGGUGGCUGCCUCCUGCCCUACACCAAGGACUGCCUCAGUUGUGAAGGGGGAACGGCUCACUGGCAAAAUGGCUGCCCUGCACUCGAGUUUAGGUUCCCCAGUCGGGUUUAAGGAGGCCUCAUGCCUCACAGGAAUAAACUUAAAUACUCCCCCCCCCCCCCCCCCCCCCCCCCCCCCCGGCUUCCUCUAUACAAGGCUGACACAAGAUGAGCCAGUGUAGUGACCCGGGACCUUUAGCACCAAAAGCCUAGGCCUCUAUCACUUGAGCAAAAGGAGUAUCUCCCUUAGCUGGUAGCAGUAGCAAGCUCUUAUCCUCUGUGCGGACCAGCCACUAGAAGGGGACAUGGCCGCCUCAUCCCGUGUGUUGCAGCAGCUUUGCUGAAAAGGCCAGAGGGCCCGUUCGCGGGGGGGACAGGGUGUAGAUCGGCGCUAGCUGCGGCGGGGCCGCUGGUCUCCAACCUGUGCCGGGCUAGAACCCUUGAUAGCAGGAGCCAGCGUGCUCUGCUCUGUUGGGGGAAGCUAAGGCUGAAUGGGACUUCCUCAUGGCAGGAGAGUAAAUCAACAGGGCUUACUCCCAUGAGGAAAGUGAGCUGGGUUGGGCGCAGAGCCAUUCAGAGGGUGCUGAGGUGGAGGGGGGGACUCAUCUCUACUGUUAUAAAAGGCCAGACUGAAGCUUCGAAUCAAGAUGGCUUCUCCCUGUGCUAGGACACAGCCCUUGGGGGGCAAAGAGCGAAGGCAGUUUGGGAAUGCCCCCCUGCAGCCGUAAUAAGAUCCUGACUAGCUGUGCGAGGAGAGAGAAGAGUGCUGGAUCCUGCAUUCCCCCCACCCCCCAAAGCUGCCCUUGGGGGGCGUUGGGAAAGCAGGAUGGGGUCAGAUCUGGCCAGCUUGCCUUGGUAAGUGGGAGCUGGGCAAGGAAUAACCCUGUCCUGGCACCACAGAUAUCAGAGCGCCUAGAAAAUAACAUUGCCCUCCUCUCUCUUACAUCUUAGCGUGAUCCUCAGCUGGGGUAAAUCAGUGGCGCUUCAUUGGUGAAGCCAAUUUGCACCCGUUGAGAGCGAGGCCCAGUAUUUUCUUCCUUUCUCACCUGUUUCCAUCCUUUCCCCCCCCCCACUUCACUCUCCCUCCUUCCCUCUGUUAAAACCCCCCACCCAUGAAUUGAGUGUUACGUUCUCGCUACCUCUGUCAUCCCCCCUUCCGUCUGAAAACCAGAAGCCAUGAACAGUUUGUAGAAGAGGGCCUUUCCUCUGGUUUUUCUUCCUUCUGGAGCGCCAGUCUCCCGGUCUUUCUUCCCUUCUCUCUGAUCUUUAACUUGUAGUAUUUUACCUGGCUCCUGUAAUUGUAAAUAGCAAGUUUCAAUAUGUUAGCAAUGGUAACAGUACAGGAAACUGGUUUUUUUUGUUGUAUUGAUAUGAAAUGAGAUUAUAUUUUUGUCAGAGUAUAUUGUAAUAAUACUGACUUUGGACAUGGCCGCAAUUGUACAGUUUAUUCUUGUUUUACCUUCUCUUGACCUGUCCUUCUUCCUUUCCUUUAUCCACAGACCUGCUCCCCCUUCCCCGCCCCUCCCCUGUUUGUUCUAUAUUGCAGAAUUUAAACCCAUCCAGGCGACAUGCCAGGGUGGAUAGAGGGCCGGGAGUUGGCGAUGGAUUGAGCAAAGAGAGAGCUUGCCACAGAGCCCAGAAUGAUGAUACUUCGUAGAGAAGUCCUGAAAGUCCCAGGGACUGAUUCACCCACCCCUUUGCACGUUACACCAGUGCGAAGUCAGGGUGUAAAGCAUUAGCUUUGCACGGGUGUCGGUGACAAGGCCAGUUGUGUGUUAUAGCUCUCCGGGCUGGGUUGUCUGAGGCAUGAACCCGAGACCUUGGGAUCUGAAAGAAGGAGUGUCUUACUCCUGGUUGAGCUAGUCUGUGCGCAGUAAAACUCUUAAACUGCUUUAGCCGCUACAGGGGACAGCAUCACGCUGCAUCAGCACAGGUUAAAGACAGUGAGGAAUCAGGACUGUAUUUCCCAGUGGCUUUAGCCGGUAGCAAGAGGUCCUCAGAUAGAGUAAAUGUAUUCAGAGCUCUGUUGAAGACAACAGGGCAACGCUGAUUUAUGCCAGCUGAGCGUCUGGCCUGCUUCUUAAUUCUGUGGUUUCUGAUGUAAUUGUCCCCCUGCUAGUCUGGAAAUGGCCCACCUACCAGAGUGACCAUCUCAGACACUGAGUUAAGGCUAGAUUGGUGGCAUUCCAAUCCAGGUGUGCCCAUUGCUUAGUUUCAGUGUGGCGUUCUGUUCUCUGCUAGAGGUGUCUGGGCCACAGAGAAGUGAAUGGCCCUGCCACCACCUUGGCUAAGGGGGUCUUUUAGCUCAAACAGAAGAGGCUCCUGCAUUUAAAGCCAGAGAUGCCAGGUGUGAUCCCCACUGCAAGCAAUGAACCACUAGGAAGCAGUAUUGGCAAAGGGAGUAAAGGUCACGUCCCCGGUCGUCUUGGGUGAAUUUCCCCUCCUGCUCAGAGAGGCCAGCGUGAGCCACUAGAAUCCCCUGGAAGCCUUCAACGUCGGUCGGAAGUGAUGCCCACGCCUCGCGCUGGCCCCUCUGCGGGUGGGUGAGUUGUACCCCCUCCUCUGUAUUCCCCAUAAGGGACAGAGAAGCCCUCGCGUGGCGGCAGAAACAGGAAUGCUCAGACCUCAUUGCCUUGAGCCCGGUGUGGAUCUGCACUUUCCCGAAGUAUUAGGUGGGUCCGGUUCUGCCCUGUCUCUGUUUAAUAAAUCUCGCUUUGCUAGCAGAAAGGAAAUUGUGUGUGACUGUCCUGGGGAGAGACAAUCUUCCCUGCAAAGCUGGGCCGGUUCUUCUGUAUCCCCUCUACACGCUAUAGGAAGUAGGCCAGAUUCCCAGCUGGGGCAGAAAUCGGUAUAGCUCCGUUGGAGUCAAUGGGCCAGAUCUUCGGCUGCUGUAACUCAGAUAGCUUCUGUGAAAGCAAUGGAUCUACGCUGAUUUACGCUAGCUGCUCCACUGGGCCUCAUUUACCCUGAGGCCCCUUUACGCCGUUCUGGCUGGGUAAAAGUGCAGACUUGUCUUUAUUGUCCCAUUCGAAUAUUGCUCUCCGAUCCUUUCACAUCAGUCUCUCCAGCAGAGAAAACAAAUCUGAGAGCAAGCCCACAAUGACUGAGUGGGAUCAAAGGUAGGGAAAGUGAUCUGCCAGCCCCUUGUCUACAGGCCUGUUCUCAUUUAUACUAACACCUGCUCUACUCACAGAUUUUGUCCCAGUAUAACGAUAUCAGUUCGGGGGGGGGGGGAGAUGAAUAGUUUACCGAUAUAGUUAUUCCAGUAUAACCCCUAGUGUGUAUGCCGUUAAACCGGUAUAAAGGUGCCUUGUACUGGGUCGUGUAUUCCCCUUCCCAUAUGGGAAUAGCUAUACCAAUAUAAACCCCUUAAUGCCAGUAUAAUUGCAUCCACACUUGGGAGGGAUUUCUCUCUUUAACUAUAUUGGUAUAAAGUGGAACAGCUUUUGUGUGCCUUAAACCUCUUUCACACAACUGUGGCAGCAGAAAGGAGGUCGUAGUGGGUAUAAAUUUGUGCCCACUUUAGGGUCCCUUUACCCAGCCAGAAUUAUGUAAAAUUGUAAAUGAGAAUCUAGACCAGAUUCUCCUUAGGAAGGACAAACCAGAAAGCACACUUUCUGGCCAUGCUUGGGGCAGUUGCUCUUUGUUUCAGCUCAGCCCAAGACCUCUUCCUCUCCCCCCUCUCCCCCCCAGCCGCCUGUUUCAGAAUAGCUUGCGGUUACUGGCAUGAUGUUAAAAAUUCUCAGGAUUGUGGCCGCUCUGUGGUUGGUGACCACGCACGCCUAUCUCGGAUCUCCUCUGGGUGACGUUAACAUCAGGUCCUCUUUCCCUCUAGCUCCCCACCCUCCUCGCUCCCUGUAAAUCAGAUCGAUCGGGAUAGAUGUAGUGUUCUCUGGGCUAUGUGCAAAAACCUUUGUAAAAUAGAAUAAACCCUUUAAAUUAUGCACUAAAGAAACAAAGCAAAACCCCAACAUAUAUAUAUUGUGGUGAGUCGAAUUGCCUACAAGUUCAGCCCGCCUAUAUUGUCACAGGACGCUUUCAUUUUCCCGCCCGUGAUGGUGCAGCAAAUGUACAAAAAAUUGUGCACUUCCCUUUAUUAGUUUUAUUUAUUGUUUAGAAAGGCAAUUUUAAAAAGCUAUACUCUGUAUCUAUAAGUAUACAUAUAUAUAUAUAUAUAUUUUUAACCUCUUCCUUCCCACGCCCCACAUCCCGCCCCCCCAAUGCUCCCUCCCCUUUUUUGUGUGUGAAUUAAGGGAUUCUGUUCUCUUGGGUGGCAGCAGAUCAGUUUAAAACAAAAAAAAAAAUCCAUGCUCUUCGUGUAGGAGAGAUAUGGGGGAAAGGGUAAUUUUUCUGGGGUGUUGCCCCUCUUUGAUUCAUCUGGAUCGUUGGGAUACUAUCGAUCUAUUGAAAGCAAGAAAGCAGUAGAGAAGUGGAUACAUGCGAGUAACUUGUAAAUUUCCAUCCAGGAUCUUUGGCUAGGUCCAUCUUUCUCUAGGCAUUUGCAUCCCUGGGGUCUGGCCUUCUAUAUUAAUCUCCCAGCCCCUGGGAGCUCUUUCUUGGUACAUCCUUGCUUUCUUAUCCCCAGUCCUGUCCCUUCCCACCCCCACCCAUCCCACCCCACCCCCCUUGACAAUCAGUGGCUCCUUCCCAGGGAUGGCAGCACGUCAGUGAGAUGUCCGUUUUGUUUUUUCAAUAUUCCUUUCUUUGUGCUGUAUGGUGAUGCGUUAUUGUAUAUUACACGAUAAGAAAAAGAGAUAAAAAAAAAUUACCAUGAAAAAUUCUGAUGAGUUUUGUUUGGAAACUCUUUCACUAUAUUUGUUGUAAAGAGGUUUACUAUUAAAAAGAAAAAAAAUACACGUUUCUGAUAA